AUGGAUCAGGACAACCUCACAUCACCAGUGACUGAAUUUCUCCUGCUUGGUCUCUCCCAGAGUUGCCAGAUUCAGCUUUUCCUCUUCAUCCUCUUUCUGGUUGUCUAUGCCACCACAUGGGUAGGGAACCUCACUAUCAUCACUACAGUGAUCUCUGAUCCCCAUCUCCACACACCCAUGUACUUUCUUCUGGCCAACUUCGGUGUAAUCGAUGUCAGCUUCUCCUCUGUCACAGUCCCAAAGCUGCUGCAUAACCUCCUCCUGGGGGGCAGGACCAUCUCCUUCAAUGGAUGCAUGGCCCAGAUGUUCUUUUUCCACUUGGAUGGUGGUGCUAAAGUCUUCCUCAUAGUCAUGGCCUUUGACCGCGAUGUGGCCAUCUGCAUGCCCCUGCGCUACUUGAAAAUCAUGAACUGGGAUGUGUGUAUUGGGCUGGUGGCUGGGGCCUGGCUAGGUGGUUCUGCCCACUCCUUAGUCCAGGUUGCCCUCAUGAUAUGUCUCCCCUUCUGUGGGCCCAAAGUGUUGGACAACUUCUUCUGUGAUGUUCCCCAGGUCCCGAAGCUGGCCCGCACUAAUACUUUUGUUGUGGAAUGGCUGAUGGUAUCCAACAGUGGCCUGCUGUCCAGCUUGAGCUUUGUGGUGCUGCUGAUCUCCUAUGCUGUCAUCUUGGUGAUGCUGAGAAUGCGCAUGAGCGAGGGCAGGCAAAAGGCCUACAACACUUGCUUGGCCCAGAUCACUGUGGUCUGUCUCAUAUUUAGACCCUGCAUUGUCAUCUAUGACCGGCCCUUCCACAACUUCACAGCAGACAAAGUAAUCUCUGUCCUGUAUACAGUCUUCAUCCUUAUGCUGAACCCCAUGAUCUACACUCUGAGGAACACUGAGAUGAAAGGUGCCAUCAAGAGGAUAUCCAGCAUAGUCCUGGUAUCAUGGGAAGGACUGAACAUGUAA